GUGCCGGUGCGCCUUCCCACCGGCGGGACGCAGCGCGCGGAGGCUGAACCAAGAUGGCGGUAGCGGGCAAAGGAGCGGUGUCUGCCGCAGUGAAGCCGAUCUUCAGCCGGGACCUGGGCGAGGCGAAGCGGCGCGUGAGGGAGCUGUACCGGGCCUGGUACCGGGAGGUGCCCAACGCGGUACACCUAUACCAGCUGGACAUCACGGUGAAACAGGGGCGCAACAAGGUGCGGGAGAUGUUCAUGAAGAACGCCCACGUUACAGAUCCACGGGUGAUAGACAUGCUGGUUAUUAAGGGAAAAAUGGAUCUUCAAGAAACCAUUCAGGUAUGGAAGCAGAGGACACACAUCAUGAGGUAUUUCCAUGAGACGGAGACCCCACGACCUAAAGACUUUCUGUCCAAAUUCUAUGCGGGCCACGAUCCCUGAGAGAUUGACUCUGUGUCUUUCUGCCUUAUAUUACAAAUAAAGUUCUAUACAGUAGAAAAAAAAAUCUGUACAGAAAGAUCAUAUGGCACAUUAGGAGCAUAAUGACUAACUCUGAAUCCAGAGUGUGUACGAGUUGUUAUGAUCUAUAUGAAGAGCUGUGAUUUCCUAGUUUUGCCAAUGUAUGUCUUCAGUGGAUGGAGUUUGUCCCAUCAUUUGCCCUGGAGCGUCAGCUGAAUAACCACAACGCAACCUGGCUGUGGGGCUUUCUGCUUAGCCUGCAGCCCUGUGUGUAGGUGUUAGGUCUGUGGAAGAAAGAGUGGGGCUUCAGAGAAGCCAGUGUAGUUGCAGAAAUUUCUUGUGCUUGAGGCCCAUCUGUAUUCAUGCAGUGUUUUGCAAUUUCAUGCCAUGACAUUGUUGAUCCUGUGUUUUUUACUUGGACGCUAGUCUCUGUUUACUUCCUCACAGAGAAUGGUGUAAGAUCCAAUAGGCAAAUAAAGCCCUUUGUGCAGUAAAAAGA